AUGGCAGCCUUACCCAAGGACAACUCCAUCCACCUGGAGGAGGCGGUGGGUCAAACAGACCUCAAGGCCACCAUCGCCAUCGACGACCGCCACAAUGACGAAGGGAUGAAGGUCCUAGCACGCUACACCGGCCCGCAAACAUGGGACGACAAGGAAGAGCAACAGCUCAGGCGGAAGAUCGACCGCCGCCUCCUCCCGAUCCUCGUCAUUUGCUACGGCCUGCAAUACUACGACAAAGCCAUGAUCUCGCAAGCCGCACUGUUCGGUCUCCGCACCGACCUGGACCUCACCGUGGGCAACCGCUUCUCCUUCGCCUCGUCCAUCUUCUACCUGGGCUUCAUGGCCGGGGCUUACCCGGCCAUUAUCAUGGCUCAGCGUUUUCCCAUCGAAAAAGUUGCCGCGGGCAUAAUCUUGGCCUGGGGCAUCUGUCUGAUCUGCACACCGGCAUGUCAUAAUUGGCAAGGCCUCUUCGCGCAGAGAUUCUUCCUCGGAUUCAUCGAGUCAGGAGUCAGCCCGAUGUUCAUGCUGGUCGUGGGUCAGUUCUAUAAGAAGAAUGAGCAAGCCCUGCGGAUAGGUGUCUGGUACUGCGCCUGCGGCUACGUGUCCAUUUUCUCGCCCCUAAUCAACUACGGGUUCGGGCAUAUCAAGGGUGCACUGUCCCCGUGGCGGUACAUGUAUCUCUUUAUCGGCGCUAUCACUAUCCUCUGGUCAGUGGUGGUCUACUUCUACCUCCCGCCAGAUCCGAUCCGCGCGAAAGGAUUCACCGAGCGCGAGCAUUUCAUCGCCGUGAGCCGGCUGCAAUCGAACAACUCGGGCGUGCGCAACACGCAUUUCAAAAAAGAACAAAUGAUUGAAUUGCUGUUCGACCUGAAAUUCUGGAUCAUGUUCCUGAUCACACUGUUGGCCAUGUUUGCCAACGCUCCGGUCUCGACAUUCACGCCCCUGAUCAUCUCCGGGUUCGGAUUCAACACGCUCAACUCUCUGCUCCUGGUGGUACCCGUGGGGUUUUUCACCGGGACCAUCGAAUUGAUCAUUCCCUACCUCGCCUACAAGUUUAAGAACAUAAGGACAUAUCUCAUGGCGGUGGCUGAACUGGUCACUGUGCUCGCCGCGGUGCUGCUCUGGGCUCUCCCGAGACACGCCAUUGGAGGCCUGAUGUUUGGGAUUGUCAUCCUCCCCUGCUUCGCUGCCGGCUACGUGGUUCAGCUGGGGCUCCAGAUCGCCAACACGGCAGGCUAUACCAAGCGAUCGUUGGCGUCGUCGGGGAUUUUCGUUGCCUAUUGCAUUGGUAACUUUGUCGCGCCUCUCACGUUCCGCACGCAAGACGCACCAGUCUACGCCCCAGGGCUAGCGACCGUGGUGGCCACGUCGGUCGCCGUGGUGGUCUUGUCCAUGUUCUAUCGCUACCUCUGUCUCAGGGACAACCGGAAGAGAGACGAGACGGGUACGCUGGAGGCCUUUGACCAUGCCUACGAGGACGACUUGACCGACAAAACUAACCCGCAAUUCCGGUAUAUUGUGUAA